AUUGACCCGAGCAUCGACUUUGCCAAGAAUCAUUUCAGAUCUCGGAUCUCUGAUUCUCAAUUGACCUUUCCCAUUCCCAAACAACCACCAUCGCCCAUCGCUAGCUCUUCAAUUCCCUGCUUCUCUGCAACAUGGCUGAAUCAUUUGCCUUUGCCAUAGCUGACAGAGUUUUGGGGAAGUUGGGCUCUGCCCUCAUCCAAGAAGUUGGCCUUGCCUGGGGUGUUAAAACCGAGCUGGAAGAGCUCAACGAUACUUUAUCCACCAUCCGAGCGGUGCUCUUAGAUGCUGAGGAGAAGCAAGCCACCAGCCAUCAGCUGAGAGAUUGGCUGGGAAAGCUCAAAGAUGGCUUUUAUGAUGCUGAAGAUAUUGUCGAUGAAUUUGAAUAUGAGGCCUUACGCCAGAAAGUGGUGGCUAGUGGGAGCUUUAAAACCAAGGUAUGCAGUUUCUUUUCAAGUCCAAAGUCACUUGCAUUCAAUCUUAAGAUGGGUCAUAGGGUGAAGAAGAUAAGAGGGAGAUUAGAUAAAAUUGCAGCUGAUAAGUCAAAAUUUAAUCUCAUCGAGGCUGUUGCAAACACGCCUGUUGUGCUAAGCAAGAGGGAGAUGACCCACUCCUUUGUCCGAGCUUCCGAUGUUAUCGGGAGAGACGAUGAUAAAGAAAAUAUUGUUGGGCUUUUGAUGCAACCUAGCGAUACUGAGAAUGUUUCUGUAAUUCCCAUAGUCGGGAUUGGGGGGCUAGGCAAGACAACUCUGGCUAAACUUGUGUAUAAUGAUGAGAGAGUAGUGGGGCAAUUCUCCGCUAAAAUGUGGGUUUGUGUGUCAGAUGAGUUUGAUAUUGAAAAGCUUAUAAAGAAAAUCCUUAAGGAGAUCAGGAAAGGUGAUGAAAGUUACAGUGACUCCUCCAUGGAGCAGUUGCAGAGUCAUCUUAGAAAUGCAUUAGAUGGUGAAAAAUUCUUGCUGGUUUUGGAUGAUGUGUGGAAUACGGAUCGUGAGAAGUGGCUUAAGCUGAAAGACUUGUCGUGGACGGUGCCAAUGGAAGCAAAAUUCUUGUAA